AUUCUCUGUUUUGUUUGAGUUCUGAUCACAGUGUUGUAAUUUUGGGCUUUUAAAAAUUUAAAUUACUGAAGCUGUCUACAAAAUGAAAUAUUUCACAGUUAUUGGAUCCGAAAUAUUGAGACAAAAUUCAAAAUAUCAUGUCUCAGUCAAUUCUUUUGGUUACAAAGAGCCUCAAAGUUUAAUUGUUGCAUUAAAAGCUCAGGACAUCGAUGAAGAUAAAAAUAUUUAUCAGAAAACUGUUGAAUUGAAAGAUGACAGCUGUGAAGUCAUUGAAUUUGAAUUAAAAAAUCAAACGGUGUGCGACUAUUUUCUGGAAGCAAAAACACUUGAUGGGGAAACAUUCAAACGUCAAGUUAAUCUUCACAUUAAUUCAAGGAAAUGUUCAGCAUUUAUUCAGACCGAUAAAUCAGUUUACAAACCAUCUGAUAAAGUUCAAUUUCGAGUUUUGUUGCUUGACAUGGACACGAAACCUUUUCAACCUGAAAAUCCUUUGAUUUUCAUAACUGAUGGAGCACAAAAUCGUGUAAAACAAUUUUCAAACCCAACUUUCGAUACGGGAGUCUUCCAAGGUGAACUUCAACUCUCAGACUCACCUGUCAUGGGAGAAUGGACAAUUCAUGUCAAAUCUAACGAAAUGAACAAUGAAGAGUUGCAAAACUUCAGCGUUGAAGAAUAUGUUUUGCCCAAAUUCGAAGUGAUCAUCGACAGUAAUGAAUUUGUUGAUUAUAAAGAUGGCAAAAUCAACGCAACUGUUUGUGCAAAGUACACCUUUGGAAAGUUGGCGAAAGGAAAGGCAAAAGUCAGUGCAAUUGUUAAGAAAGCUUCAUCUUAUUCAGGUUGCUUUGGUCAACCACCAAUGACGAUGAAAGUGUUGAAAUAUGUCGAUGUUGAUGGAAGAACAGAUUUCGAUUUUGAUAUGGUUGAAGAAUUGGAAUUAACAGAAAUUGAAGGAGACACUUUGGUUAAAUUAUCAGCAAGUUUCACUGAAGAUCUUACAGGUCGUAAAUACGAAGGCUCGAAGGAAGUCACAAUAUACAAAAGAAAUUACAAAAUAAGACUUGAAAGAGUUGAUCACAACAAGAUCAAACCUGGAAUGCUUCACAAAGUGAUUGCUCAUGUUGAAACGAUCGCUGGGCUUCCAGUGAUUGAUAACAAAAACCCAGUUGAAUUCGACAUUAGUUACUAUCACAAUCCAUCUAAAGAUUCAGAAAAAGGUGAAGAAAAAGUUUCGUUAAGAGAAGAAAAGAAGAAAAUUAAGGAAAAUGUACAACUUUCCAAUGGUGUUGCUGAGCUGAAUCUUGAAAUUCCGAACAAUUGUUAUCGUUUAUCAAUCAAAGCUAAAUAUUUGGAGGAAUCUGAUUCGGAAUAUAAUGUCGCAUUGGGUUCUUCGGAAAGCUCUCAAUAUUUGCAAGCAAAACUUGUCACAGAAAAGCCAUUGAUCGGCAAUGAAGUCACAAUUGAAGUGACUACAACAGAAGAAAUGACCGAGCUUUGCUAUCACGUUUUCGGAUGCAAUGAUUUGAUUGAAGUCAGACGAUUGAAAGUUCCAAACUUGAAGAAUUUCAACUUCAGCUUUAAUCUUAAGAAAAUGAUGACAUCAAAAGUGAAUGUUCUUGUGUUUUACAUUCGACCUGAUGGCGAACUCAUCUCUGAUAAUCUUAAAAUCGAUUUUGAAUUUGAUUUUCAUAACUCAAUCGAAACUGAAUUGUCAAAAGAACAAGCAAAGCCUGGAGAAGUGUUGGAAAUUUCUGUAGUCACCAAAUCAGACUCGUUUGUUGGUUUGUUGGGAGUUGAUCAAAGUGUUUUGCUUCUGAAAACUGGAAAUGAUAUCACAAAAUCUCUUGUGACAAAUGUUAACGAGAAAUAUGGAGAAAUUGAACAUUACAAUUCGACUUACAGUCCCGACGAUCAUCAAUACAAAUUCGUAAGCGUUUCAGCAUCAGAUGCCGUUCUUAUUACAAAUGCGAAUAAAGAGUUUCGAUUCCCAAACAUCAUGAAGCGAUUUUGCGCUCCUACUUUUGGACGUGGGACAAUGGUUAUGGAUGAUAUGCCCGAAGCAAUGCCAAUGGCAAUGCCUGUAAUGAGACAAGCUGCACAAUUUUCACACGCUGGUGGUCGAUUCGAACCGAAACCAAAAGUGAGGAAAAUAUUCCCAGAAACUUGGAUCUUUGACUCGUUUCACGUUGGGAAAGACAAGAAGAAAAUUUUGUCGAAAAAAGUUCCAGACACGAUUUCUUCAUGGAUUCUUACGGGAUUUGCUGUUAGUCCUGCUCUUGGAUUGGCUUUAAUGGAUCAACCGAAGAAACUUCAAGUUUCCCAGCCGUUCUUUGUUUCUAUGAAUCUUCCUUACUCAAUCAAACGAGGCGAAAGUGUCGCGAUUCCUGUUAUCGUUUUCAACUAUUUGGAAACGAUUCAGAAUGUCGAAGUUACGCUUUCCAAUGACUACGACGAGUUUCAAUUCACUGAAGAUUUGAAACUUUCAAAAGAUAAAUCAGCAAUGAAAAUUCUUUCAGUGAAACCAAAUGAAGGCGAAUCAAUUUCAUUUACGAUCAAACCAACGAAAGUUGGAAACAUCAAAAUUAAAGUCAACGCAAUUUCGUCUGUUGCUGGCGAUGCAAUCGAACAAUUGUUGCUGGUUGAACCUGAAGGAUUAACACAACAUUUCAACAAAGCUUUGUUCGUUGAUUUGAGAAAUUCAAAAGAUUUCAACACAAAUCUUUCAAUUGAGAUUCCAACUGACAUCGUACCUAACUCAACAAAGAUAGAAGUUGGCGUUAUUGGUGACAUUUUAGGACCAACAAUAGAGAACUUGGAUAAACUUAUUCGAAUUCCUUUUGGUUGCGGUGAACAAAACAUGUUGAACUUCGUCCCCAACAUUAUCGUCCUUGAAUAUUUGACAGUUUUAAAUAAACUGACACCUGAAAUUGCUAUCAAAGCAAAGAAGUUCAUGGAGACUGGAUAUCAACGUGAGCUUUCCUACAAACAUGAUGACGGUUCUUACAGUGCCUUCGGUCAAAGUCGUUGUGUAAGGAAUCGAGGCAUGCCAACAUUCUCGGAGGAAAGACGAGGCAGCACAUGGUUGACAGCAUUCGUUGCCAAGUCUUUCUAUCAAGCUUCGAAGCACAUUUUAAUUGACAAAAAUAAUAUUCAAGAAGCUUUAAAAUUCUUGGAAAAUGUUCAGAGUGAAGACGGAAGUUUUCCUGAAGUUGGAACAAUUUUUCACACAGAUAUGCAAGGUGGCGCAUCAAUGGGAUUGGCUUUGACUGCUUACGUCUUGAUAACUUUCUUAGAGAACAAAGAAGAGUUGGAAACAUACAAAUCAACGAUCGAGCGAGCGAUUGAAAAUAUUGUGAAGAAUUGUGAGAAUGUCAAAGACAAUUAUUCAUUGGCAAUUGUCUGUUAUGCACUUAACUUAGCUAAACAUUCAUUAAAAGAUUCAUUGAUGAAGAAGUUGAUCAAGCAAGCUCACAAUAAUGAGAAUAAUUUGAUGUUUUGGGUGAAGUCUGAUGUGAAGAUUGAUCAGCCGAAUGCGAUUAAUAUUGAGAUGACUGCUUAUGCACUUCAAGCUUACAUUGAAGCUGGUUUGGAUGCAGAAGCAGCUCCAGUUCUGAAGUGGCUAGUGUCACAAAGAAAUGAAAAUGGAGGAUUUCAAUCAACACAAGACACGGUCGUGGGACUUCAAGCUUUGUCGAAAAUGGCAAUGAAAAUUUAUGUCCCUGACAGUCAAGUUUCUGUGACUUUGGAGAGUGAAAAUAAAUUGAAGCAAUCAUUUGAUGUCAAUGCCGAAAAUGCUUUGAUUCUUCAGAAGCAAGAGCUGCCAUCAAAUUCAAGAAGUUUCAAAGUGUCAGCCUCUGGUCAUGGGUUUGCACUUUUACAAUUGGCUUACAAGUUCAACAUAGUUGAAAAGUUGAACGAGCCACGAUUCAUUCUUGAAUCAAAAGUUGAUGAUAAGAAUUUGAGUAAAAGUCAGCUUACGGUUGAAGUUACAACCAGCUACGUUCCUGAUGAAGUCUCAACGAAAUCAAACAUGACAGUGAUGGAAGUUUCGUUCCCAAGUGGAUUCAUUUUCGAUUCUGAUCAAUUGGACGAUUUCAAGACCCAAACUAAAGUUAAACGAGUUGAAACGAAAGAAGGAGAAACAAUUGUUGUUGUCUAUUUCGAUGAAAUUAACACCGAAAAGCUGACACUCGACUUCAAAGCGAUUCGUGCACAUAAAGUCGAUGAGUUGAAACCGGCAAAUGUCUUAAUUUACGAUUAUUACGAUAAUUCACGUCGAGCUUCAAUUUUCUACAAGAUUUAAAGGAAAACUGUUUACUCUUGAGCCUGGAGCACUUCACAUUAAUUCAACAUUUUUAAUCCAUUCAAUCAAAUUCAAAUCAACGCAACAAAUAAUAAAUAAGAAUUCUAAAUAAUCAAAAAUCUUUGCAAUUUUAUUCAACCUAUAAAAAGUUUUAAUAAUUUUAUUGAAGCCCACAAAGUUAUUCAAGGUUUCUGAUAUUUCAUAAAGCAUUAAGCAGAAUGUUAUAAGAA